CAGGUGAUAAGCUGUAAUCAUAAGAAUGUAUGUACAUUACAAAUCACCGAUACAACAGGCAGCCAUCAAUUUCCUGCUAUGCAACGACUUUCGAUUAGCAAAGGAAAUGCUUUUGUACUGGUGUAUUCUAUUACAAGCAAGCAAAGUUUAGAGGAGCUUGGACCCAUAAUACUGAUGCUAAAGGAAGUGAAAGGUGAAAGUAUUACUGAAGUGCCUAUUAUGCUUGUUGGCAACAAAAAAGAUGAAGAUCAGCGGCGUGAAGUGAGCUCCGAACUUGGACAAAAGUUGGCCUCGAAAUGGGGGACUGAUUUCAUCGAAACUAGUGCCAAAGAUAAUGAAAAUAUAACGGAAUUAUUUCAACGCCUGUUGGCGAUGGAAAGAAAACGAACUUUAGCAUUAACAAUGAAUGAAGAGAGCGGUAAAAGUGGCUCAAAAAGGAAAUGCUCGCUGAUGUGA